GAGCCGGGGCCGCGGUUCCCAGCACCCGAUCGCACCGACGGCGAACCGGUCCCCGGCGCGCAAUGGCUUGGCUAGGCCGCCGCGGUCCCCACCUCAGCGGGCAGGACGGCGGGCUCCCGUGAGCGCAGGGCGCCUAGCGAUGGAGCGGGGCGGAGCCUCGGGCCGGCCGGUUCUGUGCGAGACAUCCGCUUCCGGGGCUGUGGCCAUCGCUCCACUCGGCUCGAGAGGCUCGCCGCGCCGUGCCCGGGACCAGUCCCCAAAACGUACGGCCCCUGAGUCGCAGCCGCCUUCGCCUCGCUCCCGGACGCCCUCGCCUCGCUCCCGGACGCCCUCGCCUCGCUGCCGGACGCCAGCAUUCUGCUGCCCGCCUCAGCCAGCCAUGCUGGAGCAACUGAGCUCGCUGCCCACGCAAAUGGAUUACAAGGGCCAGAAGCUAGCUGAACAGAUGUUUCAGGGAAUUAUUCUUUUUUCAGCAAUAGUUGGAUUUAUCUACGGCUGACACUUCCUCCAUGGCCCAUUUAUCGCCGGCACCCCCUCAAGUGGUUACCAGUUCAAGACUCGGGCACAGAAGACAAGAAACCAGGGGAAAGGAAAGUUAAAAGGCAUGCUAAAAAUAAUUGAUCGGGGGUUUACAUGAUUCAGCUCUAUUAUUGCACCUGCUUUUGUAUCCUGUGAGAUGAGCUAAAUUUUCACACCCAAAACACGAGCUACAAACCACCUAUGCUCCUACGGUACAGCUGUUAUAGAUUUUUUUCUCUUUAUAUUUCACUUCUUGGUUGGGCUUUGACUUGUACAUAUUUUAGACCUCUUCAUAGUUUCUCUGAAAUGGAGAACAGAAAAUACAAGUAUGCAAAGUUUCUUUCAAGUCUACAAAAGUAAUAUUUGCUUCAUAAAUGGUAGUACAACUUAAUUAUCAAAGUUUUAUAAUUCAUUACUAAGCUGUUUGAAUAUUUUCAAUUAAAACUCACAAUGCAAGUCUA